AUGUGCGGCAAGUUCGGCCUCCUCAGCCACAUCAACAGCGCCCCUCCCUCUGAUCCGCGCACUGAUGCAUGGAACGAGGCCGACUGUGCCGUCCGCAGCUGGCUCUAUGGCUCCGUCACCGAGGACGUCCUCGACUUCACCAUGGCCGCCAACCAGACAGCACGGGACCUUUGGGUCGCCAUCUCCAACCACUUCCAGACGAACAAAGCUCCUCGUGCCAUCUUCUUGAGUCAUGCAUUCCACGCAAUAACUCAAGGGGAUAUGUCUGUCCACGAGUAUGCCCAAGCCCUCAACAAGGCCGCUGAUGCUCUUCGCGACGUCGACAAGCCUGUUGCCGAUUCUGAGAUGGUUCUCGCCCUUCUCGCUGGGGCUGAUUCUCGCUACAACACCACUGGAGAGAUCAUCGCAGGAGACGCGACCAUGACCUUCUCCAGGGCUGUAGAUCGGCUUGCCCUCCAGGAGCUCCGCCUAGCAAAUUAG